UCAUAUUCCGCGAAGCAUUUUCCAAUCGUAUGGAGUUUUUUCUAGAAGCUGCGGAUCCUUACAGGAACCAUAGUUCUGAUUUUGACCGGGGAUUAGCAGAGUUUUACAAGAAAGACUCGGACAUAUCCCGGGUGAAUGUGGACCCUUCUGAGAUACAAGAUGAUUGGAAACAUAUGGCGGAACUAGCAGUCUCGUUGCCCAAGGUGGAACGAGAAUUCAGGAAAAAAAAAUCAAUGAAAGAAGCGAUUAAUUGCCAAUAUCCACUGAGCAACGAUGGACUGCGCGACUUGGCAAAAGAGUUAGGGAAAGAACUGGAAGCAUUGGGAGACUAUCUUGGCAUGCAACGCGGUGAGGUACAACGAAUACAACGAGACCAUCCGGACAAUACCGAAGACCAGUUUUCUGAUCUGCUUAUAACUUGGAGAAACAAAACAAAGCUGUCAGAGCCGAAAGUAUCUAUCCUGGCGGACGCCCUCAAAAAGUGUGGGCGCACUGAUCUAGCCGAGAAACUUCGAUUAGAAGGUGUCAAAAAUAAUAUGAAGUAGAACUGAUUCAUAACAUAUUUAGUAUAUAUAACACUAUUAAUAACUAAGUUUUCUAACAGCAAAUUCUGAAUUAUUUUUC